AUUUCACAUACCAAAUUCUCUCCUUUCUCAACCCUUAGUGGAUCAAUCAUGAGUGACAGACUUCGAAAAUCCGUACAAGAUCUCAGUCUGGGCAUCGAUGACGAACCGGUGUCUUUGUCUGUUGAGUUCUGUUCUCAGGCGGCUUUGGUGAACCGUUUCUCGCUGGUGGUGACGACAGUUAACCCACGGAAGCAGAAUCUUCGUGCCCUGAUUGGACAGAUGCCAAAGGUGUGGGGUUUCCCUAACUCGUGUGUUGGCCGGAUUUUGGAUAAAUGGAGGGUUCAAUUCAAGUUUCAAUCGGAGGAAGCGAUGAAUCUGGGCAUUCCGCUCUGGUACCUUACCAAUGCAAUGGCUAGGUGUGUUGGAAAUAGGCUAGGGAAUGUGGCUGAGGUUGAUUUUGAUGAGAAUGCAAAUCACCCUGGAUUUGUAAGAGUCCAGAUUAAGUGGAAUUUGGAUGAUCCAUUGAGGUUUCAGAGGAAUUUCCAGUUUGCUGCAGAUGAAAACAUUGUGAUCAAGUUUCGCUUUGAGAGAUUAAGGAACUUCUGUUCCAAAUGUGGAUCGCUGAAGCAUGGUGUGAAAGAAUGCACCCUGUCGUUUGAUGAUGAAGAUCCUGUUGAAGACAGUGAUGAUGAUGAUGAUAAUGAAGACCAACAAGACGAGAAUGGUGAUAAGGACAUGUCUGACACGGAUACCCUUCAGACAGUGGAUCCAGUUACUCUCAUUCCUGGUCUUCAAUCUGCAGGCCGUGGUGUUGGAAAUGGUAAUCAGCCAAACUCUGAUGUUUCGUCCAUCCCAAGCGCAUUUGAAGACACUGAACUCACCGCGGAGAGGCUCCGCUAUCUUCAUACUAAACUUGCUCGUGGUGUGGGAAAUGGUUCUGCUCAUGAUGGUUUCUUGGAGAAUCUGUCCGACAAUGCACAACAUCAGUUUGUGUUCAUGAAAAGGAAGAGGGUUCAGUUUGAAGAAAGGUACCAGAGGGAAGAAGCAGCGAAUGAGAUGAUGGUCCUGAGUCAUCUCUGCAAGAAGGAAAGGAGGACUGAGUCUGCUGGUUCUUGCUCUUUGCACGAUGGUAUAGACAGAGGCGCGGGGGGCCCGGUUCCCCCAGAGGAUCCAAUAUGAGGAUAUUCUCAUGGAACUGCCAAGGCAUCGGCGCCACUACUACCAAGUCUCGUCUGUUUCAGUUAGUUCGACUACAUAAAUUUGAUAUACUGUUUUUAGUCGAAACUCUUAAUCAGUGUGAUGUAUUAUGUAAAUUAUCGUGUGAUUUAGGAUACUCUAAUGUAAUAACACAGCCCCCCUGUGGAAGGAGUGGUGGCUUAGCUCUUAUGUGGAAAAACAAUGUUUCUUUAUCCUUGAUUUCUAAGGAUGAAAGACUCAUUGAUACAUUUGUAACUAUUAAUCAUAAGAGCUUCUACUUGUCUUGUGUGUAUGGCCGCCCAAUUCAGAGUGAAAGAUAUAUACUUUGGGAUAAGUUGGAAUAACUUUCAGAAAAUCGAGAUGAAGAAUGGAUGUUAAUCGGGGAUUUUAAUGAAAUACUUUCAAAUGA